AUGAAUAUUUCGGUUGCCAAAUUGAAUUCUGAUCUCGUUCACCAGAUUGCUGAACUUAGAAAGAAGUUUGCUGAGGUCGAGGCUGAGAAUAUCGAGGUUAAAGCCGAGAAUAUAAAGUUAAAACAAGAUUUAGAAAAAUACGAAGCUAGAUUCACGAAUUUAGAGCAGAAAGAUAAAGAAAAAACUGACCUCAUUGCUAAAUUGGAUGACGAUAUCCAUGAAAUCAAACAAUCUUCGGUUAAUACCACCUUUACCAAAAUGGAAAAUUCCAACGAUAUCCCCGAACGGAUAGAAUUACAAACUGAGAAUGUUUCGUCAUCAGAUAUAUCCGAUGACACUUCAAAUUCUGAUGAUACUCCUGAACAAAUAGAAAAUAUAUCCGAUAACACAUCUAAUUCUAAUAUCCAAGAAUCAGAAACCCAAUGCUUUACAUCUUCUAUCUCUGCAAAAACUAUAUCAUCGGAAGAUAAGGAGAUCAUUGAAUUUCUGGAAUCAUAA